AUGAAUAAGGACAAGGAACCAACGGUCCGUUCGCAGUCGGACUUAUACGGACGCAUUUCCCGCGCAUAUGAGAACUUGCGGAAGUCGGGAACGGCCAACAUAAAGAUCGGGCUGACGGAAGCGCGACUCCAAGCCCUCGAGGCCAACUGGGCGAAGUACGAGUUCCAGCACGACAAGCUGCUCGAACACUGGGAAGCCCUGUCGGAAAGCACAUACGUGAAAACGGACAUGCCAACGUUAGCUGAGGAGGCGUACCUGACGCAGAAGGGCAUGUUCUUGGACACGCUUCAAAGCCUCAGAGCCGUGGAGAGGACCGAGACUCCAGCCUUCGGACCGGCGCCGUCGCAUCCGGCGCCGUCGCAACCGGCGCGAACUACCCUGCCAAGGAUCCAACUCCCGCAGUUCUCUGGGCUCUACGAGGACUGGCCGUCAUUCCGCGACCUCUUUCACUCGCUCAUCGGGAAGGACACCUCCGCUGCCCCGGUAGAGAAGCUGCACUACCUCAAGGCGUGCCUCAAGGGAGAGGCAGAGGUCUUAAUCCGCAGCCUUCCGACGACCGACGAGAACUUCGAGCGCGCGUGGAAAUCGUUAACGGACUAUUACGAAAACAAGCGCCUGCUCGUGCGGUCCUACAUAGCGAGGUUCACGGCAAUUCAGCGGAUGAGGGAUGAGUCAAGUGCGGACCUACUUUAUCACGGAGUGCUAAGUACCGUCGGCUCACUCGAGAGCAUGUUUGUGCACCUCGUCGUAGAUCUCCUAGACUACCGGUCGCGCCGCGAAUGGGAGAGUGCGAUCAGCGACACGACGGAACCGCCGUCGUACGCGGAGCUGAUACAGUUCUUAGACCGACGGCUACAGACGCUCGAGUCGUUGCCGCCGAGCAAAACGGAGUCGAGUCUCGCGAAGCCGGUCGCAAACUCCGGGCGUCCGCCGCGCGUUCUUCACGCCCGGAAGCCGGAGAGCAAGCGCGGGCGGUGCACCAUGUGCCACGAAGAGCAUUACAUCAUGUUCUGUGACGCGAUCAAGGCAAAGACGGCGUCGGAGAAAAGAAAGCACAUCGAAGCCAACCAGCUGUGCUUCAACUGCCUCGGGAGGCACAAGCAAGCGAGUGCUCGUCCAAGAAGACGUGCUCGUCGUGCGGCGAACGGCAUCAUUCGCUUCUCCACCACGCGGGCAACACCUCCGAGGUCGCCAGAUCGUCACUUUCAGCGAACCGGAGCUCGAGAGCCGCACCGGCGGUGCUUCUUGCGACCGCGCGCGUUCGGGUGGCCGACAAAUUCGGAGUCCUGCACGCCGUGCGCGCCUUGGUAG